CAGGCUGAGCACAAGCCUGGUUAAAAAAAAACAACAAAACUAAUUACAUAACUUCUUUCCCUGCUGACUGUGCAGGGAACUCUUAUCAGGGCUGUAGCCAAGCCUAUUUUGACCUUCUAAUAUCACUUCAUUUCUAUUCCCUGUUUGCCUGUCUGCCCCAGUGGUCCUCCCUAGCGGUCCCUGCUUGGCUGCUUCUUAACUUGCAGUGCUCUGGAAGUCCCUGGACAAAUGACAAUGGCUUUUUCCAGCAGUUCAUACCCAGAAGAAUUGACCUUCCCAGAAGGAUUUGGCUGGGGAGCAUCCACAGCAGCGCAUCAAGUAGAAGGAGGCUGGGAUGCAGAUGGAAAAGGCCCUAAUGUCUGGGACACAUUCACCCAUCAGGGAGGAGAUCGAGUUUUCAGGAACCAGACUGCUGAUGUAGCUUGUGGCAGCUAUACUCUGUGGGAGGAAGAUCUGAAAUGUAUCAAACAGCUUGGAUUGACUCAUUAUCGCUUUUCUCUUUCCUGGUCACGUCUGUUACCUGAUGGGACGACAGGUUUCAUCAACCAGAAAGGAAUCGAUUAUUACAACAAGAUGAUAGAUGACCUGUUAGCAAAUGGUGUUAUGCCUGUGGUAAUUCUGUAUCACUUUGAUUUGCCCCAACGUUUAGAAGAUCAAGGGGGCUGGAAAACUGGGGCAAUUGUUGAAGUUUUUGAUGCAUAUGCCCAGUUUUGUUUUGGCACUUUUGGGGAUCGAGUCAAACUAUGGAUCACUAUAAAUGAGCCCAAUACCCUUGCUCUGUUAGGUUAUGAAAACGGUGUAUAUGCUCCAGGUAUCUCUAACCCUGGAAUCGGAGCUUAUCAGACAGCUCAUAAUAUGAUCAAAGCUCAUGCCAAAGCCUGGCACAGUUAUGAUUCUUUGUUCAGGAAAAAGCAAAAUGGUCAGGUAUCCUUGGCAUUGUUCUCUUGGAUAGCACCAGCCAAUCCUACAUCCGUAGCUGACCAGGAAGCUGCAAAAAGGGUCAUGGCCUUGGCCCUGGAUUUAUUUGCAAAACCUAUAUUUAUCGAUGGUGAUUAUCCCACUGUCCUGAAGUCCCAGGUAGCUGCCAUGAGUAAAAAGCAAGGUUAUCCAUCGUCAAGACUCCCUGAGUUCACAGAAGAAGAAAAGAGGAUGAUCAAAGGCUCUGCUGAUUUUUUUGCUGUACAAUAUUACACAACCCAAUUAGCAAAGCACCAAGAGAAUUCAGAGGGAGAACUGAUUCUUCUCAGGGAUAUAGAUGCUGAGAUAUUUCCCGAUCCAUCCUGGCAGGUUUCACAACCUGGUUCUUGGAUCUACGUGGUGCCAUGGGGUAUUCGGAAACUCUUGAAAUACAUUAAGGAUACGUAUAAUAACCCUGUAAUUUACAUCACCGAAAAUGGGUUUCCCCAGGGUGACCCUGCUCCACUUGAUGACACUCAACGCUGGGAGUAUUUCAGACAGACGAUACAGGAACUGUACAAAGCUAUCCAUCUUGAUAAAGUCAAUCUUCAAUUAUAUUGUGUCUGGUCUCUUCUGGAUAAUUUUGAGUGGAGCGCUGGAUAUAGUAGUAGAUUUGGCCUCUACCACGUUGAUUUUGAAAAUCCAGCUCUACCUCGUGUUCCUUACAAAUCAGCGAUGGAGUAUGCCAAGGUCAUCCAGAAUAAUGGAAUCAAAAGACCCCUGUAG